UACGUUGACACAUUCAGUGCUAGCUGAGCUAGCUAGGCAGCAACAGUUCAACUAGGCAGAGGUAAAACAGGGUGUGUUUCACACAAAUGGCUCAACAUUUACAAUGAAGACAAUUAAAUCACCUAUAUCUUGACGACCACUGCGUGCUCAAUGACGGUCUGCCGCGGUCUCAGCGAUUGACAUGGACUCUUGUGAUAAGGAUGUGAAACUGUCAGCCGAAGUGGAGCCGUUUAUCCCUCAAAAGAAAGGUCUGGAAGGAGCGCUGGUCACCAUGAGCUUGUCUGGAGGAGAAGGAGGAGGGGGGGUAGAGCCCACCCCAAUCCCCAGCUACCUCAUCACCUGUUACCCUUUUGUCCAGGAGAACCAACCCAACAGACAACAGCACCCCAUGUAUAGCGGAGGAGGGGACCUGCGCUGGCAGCAGCCCAACCCCAGCCCAGGUGGUCCGUACCUAGCUUACCCCAUCCUGUCCUCCCCCCAGCCUCCAGUCUCCAACGACUACACCUACUACCAGAUCAUGCCUGCACCCUGCCCCCCCAUGAUGGGCUUUUACCAGCCCUUCCCAGGAACGUACGCCGGGCCCCUGCAGCCUGGCGUGGUAAACCCUAUAUCAGCUGACGUCAGCGAGAGACCGGCCCCUCUCGGACAGGCGUUUGGACUAGCUAAUCAGAGAGGUGGGAGGGGCAUGGUCAGACCUGCCGUUCUACCCAAGUCUAUGUUCUAUCAGCAGCAGCAGGUGGGGUUGUGUCAGUCCCUGAGGGCCAGAAGGCCCCCCAUGAGGACUGUAGCUGUCCAGAAGGAGGUGUGUUCCUCGGGGCCAGAUGGACGGACCAAGACAGUCCUACUGGUGGACGCUGCCCAACAGACUGACUUCCCAGGGGACAAUGCGUGUGGUCGUGGUGCGUCGGAACGGGAGCGGGCCAGCCCCCUGCUGUGGAAGAACCUUCCCCGGAGAAGGCGGGCCUCGCACCCUGCGGAGAGCUCCAGCGAGGCGGACAUCGACAGCGACAGCGGAUACUGCAGCCCCAAACACAACCAGCAGGCCCCGGGGGUUACGCAACACAAUGCCCACGCUGCUAUAGCUCCUACGGGAGUGGAUGCAGGUGUAAUGACAGCAGUAAGCUGGGUGAACGUAGCGUCUCAGGCCUCUCAGAGGCCGUGGUCAGACAACAGGACCACCCCGUUCCAACGGACAGGGAAGACCCCUGAUCAGAGGAACUACUCGCAGCAGGACUUCCAUACAGGGUACUCAGGGGGGCGUGUCUGUUCUAACCCCACCCCCGCAGACAGUAACGGUGGUCUGCAGCAGAGACGGCUCCAGCCCGGACUGGGCCCUGGGACGGUGCUUGCUCCUGAGCCACUCUACUUUGAGGAUGAGGAUGAGUUUCCAGAGCUGGUCUCAGGAGGGGCACAGAGGAACAUCAAACCAGACCCUAACCCUUCCCAGAACCAACACCAGACCAAACUAACCAAGAACCUGCUGGAGAACCUUCCAGAGAACUCUCCCAUCAACAUCGUCCAGACCCCCAUCCCCAUCACCACCUCCGUCCCCAAGAGGGCCAAGAGUCAGAGGAAGAAGGCCCUGGCCGCUGCCCUGGCUACAGCGCAGGAGUACUCUGAGAUCAGCAUGGAGCAGAGGAAACUACAGGAGGCACUGACCAAAGCAGCAGGGAAGAAGAGUAAGACUCCAGUCCAGUUGGACCUGGGAGACAUGCUGGCUGCUCUGGAGAAACAGCAGCAGGCCAUGAAGGCUAGACAAAUAACCAAUACUAAACCACUGUCCUUCACAGGUACACACUGCACACAUACACCCCACACACACACACCACACCACACUCCAGUCCAGUUGGACCUGGGAGACAUGCUGGCUGCUCUGGAGAAACAGCAGCAGGCCAUGAAGGCUAGACAAAUAACCAAUACUAAACCACUGUCCUUCACAGGUACACACUGCACACAUACACCCCACACACACACACCACACCACACUCCAGUCCAGUUGGACCUGGGAGACAUGCUGGCUGCUCUGGAGAAACAGCAGCAGGCCAUGAAGGCUAGACAAAUAACCAAUACUAAACCACUGUCCUUCACAGUGGGUACAGCAGCCCCGUUCCAUGGUUCAGGGCCAGGUGCCGGGUCGGGAGCAGGGUCAGGUAUAGUAUCAAUGUUGAAGGCCCAGCAGGCCCACUCUGCCCCCCUCAACAUGCUGGACUCCAGCGCUCCACGCCUAAAGCGAGGGAAGGAGAGAGAGAUCCCUAAAGUCAAACGACCCACCGCCCUGAAGAAGAUCAUUCUGAAGGAGCGUGAGGGAAAGAGGGGGAAGGGGGGUGUGGAUCAGAUUGCUGCCAGCCAGGAAGAACAGGGAGAAGAGGAGCUACACUUCACUGACGACCUCACACGGGAACCUGCCUCUCAGGAGGAGAACGGUCUGAGCGUGCCCAGUGAUGACGCGUCCCUGUCCCCGGCCAGUCAGAACUCUCCGUACAGCAUCACGCCUGUUUCCCAAGGUUCCCCUGGCUCCUCUGGCAUCGGCAGCCCCAUGGCCUCUAACGCCAUUACCAAGAUACACAGCCGCCGCUUCAGAGAGUACUGUAACCAGGUGUUGAAUAAGGAGAUAGAUGAGAGUGUGACAAUGCUGCUGCAGGAACUGGUCCGGUUCCAGGAGAGGGUUUAUCAGAAGGACCCCAGCAAAGCCAAGACCAAACGCAGACUGGUCAUGGGCCUUAGAGAGGUCACCAAACACAUGAAGCUCCACAAGAUCAAGUGUGUCCUCAUCUCACCCAACUGUGAGAAGAUCCAGGCCAAAGGGGGUCUAGAUGAGGCUCUGUACAACGUCAUAGCCAUGGCCAGAGAACAGGAGAUCCCGUUUGUGUUUGCUCUGGGUAGGAAGGCUCUGGGACGCUGUGUCAACAAACUGGUGCCUGUCAGUGUGGUGGGCGUCUUCAACUUCUCUGGAGCAGAGGGUCUGUUUAACCGGUUAGUGUCUCUGACGGAGGAUGCUCGUAAGUCCUACAAGGACAUGGUGUCAGCGCUGGAGCAGGAGCAGGCUGAGGAGGCGCUGAAGAACGUCAAGAAGGUCACCCACCACAUGGGCCACUCCAGAAACCCCUCCGCUGCCUCCGCCAUCUCCUUCUGCUCCGUCAUCUCUGAACCCAUCUCUGAGGUCAACGAGAAGGAGUACGAGACCAACUGGAGGAGUAUGGUGGAAUCGUCAGAUGGGCUGGAGCCUGUGGAGGCUAAACCCAGCCAUCCUGCUGCUUCCUCUGGGUUGCAGAGAGACAACCAGCCCCCCUCCACCACCACCAACCGCAGCCCUUACUCCACUACCCUCCAGCUCAGAGCACCCGUCCCUGCUCCAGGCUCAGGCCCGGGGGAGAGAGAAGAGGGUCGGGCAGACGACCGGUUGGAGCUGGCCUCCCAGCAGAGCACGGAGACAGGCAGUUUGGAUGGGAGCUGUAGGGACCUCCUCAACUCCUCCAUCACCUCCACCACCUCCACCCUGGUCCCCGGUAUGCUGGAGGAGGCAGAGGAAGAGGAGGAGGAGGAGGAAGAGUACACACCAGAGCCCAUCUCUGUGGAGGUGCCUGCAGUCAUCAGCCGCAUUGAGUCCUGGGUGUCUAAGACGCUGGAGAACCUUCAGCUGGGGAAGAGCCAGGACAGCACAGAGGAAGAGGAGGAGGAGGAGGAGGAGGAGGAGGGAGUGCAGAGUGAGGAGGAAGAGGAGUUGGAUUCUGCUGAUGUCACAGAGACUGGGCUGGAGAAGAUGGAGGCCAAUAAUAUCACUGGCUGAUUAGACCUCAUUCAUCCCUCUUUCUCUUUUUUGUUUCUCGCUAAAUUCGCUCUGUGUACACUCUGUCGCUCCAUCUGUGUACACUCUGUCGCUCCAUCUGUGUACACUCUGUCGCUCCAUCUGUGUACACUCUGUCGCUCCAUCUGUGUACACUCUGUCGCUCCAUCUGUGUACACUCUGUCGCUCCAUCUGUGUACACUCUGUCGCUCCAUCUGUGUACACUCUGUCGCUCCAUCUGUGUACACUCUGUCGCUCCAUCUGUGUACACUCUGUCGCUCCAUCUGUGUACACUCUGUCGCUCCAUCUGUGUACACUCUGUCGCUCCAUCUGUGUACACUCUGUCGCUCCAUCUGUGUACACUCUGUCGCUCCAUCUGUGUACACUCUGUCGCUCCAUCUGUGUACACUCUGUCGCUCCAUCUGUGUACACUCUGUCGCUUCAUCUGUGUACACUCUGUCGCUCCAUUUGUGUACACUCCAUCACUUGUCUUCCUCACCCCCCCCCCCCCCCCCAACACCUGUUCCCCUAACCUGCACUCUUUCACCUCUUUCACCCCCCCUCUUUCUCACAGUUGAACCAGCAACUCUCCUCUUCUCUCUGUCUGUAACUUUGGACUUCAGACAUUAUCUCAGGAAUCAGACCAUACACACACACACACACACACACACACACACACACAGGCAGUCCACACACACACAGAUAGGCAGUCACACACACAGACCAAACUACAGACAACAGUAUCUCUCCUGGUCUCUCUGAUGGAUAGACUCCUCUGUUCCUCUCAUCCUCCUCUCACUGAUGUGGACCUGGAACAACUGCCUCAGCUAAACUGGUCUGGUCGGUCUGGCAUCGACUGGUCUGGUCUGACAUGGAAUGGGCUUGUCUGGUCUGACUAAGGGAAGCCCUGGUUCCCUUCCCACCACUCCAGGUUUCCCCAGGAUAGGAAGAGGCUGUGAGGAGAGGCUUCCCCUCUGUCUGUAUGACGCAGAGCCCUCCAGAUGAUAGACCUGUCAGUGAGACUGCUGACUACAGACUAACUAGAAGGGAACUCUCCCUCUGUCUGUAUGACACAGAGCCCUCCAGAUGAUAGACCUGAGACUGCUGUCUACAGACUAACUAGAAGAGAAGUCUCCCCUGUCAUCCCUGGGUUAUUCAUAGUGGAGGUCUGGUGGUUCAGUCCAAGCAGAAGGUUGCUGAGCCCCUGCAGGGCUGAGAGUUUAUAGCUGGAAGUGUGUGUGUCUCUGUCCCAUCAUCAAGACUUAUGUUACAUUGUUGUCAUCCUUCCCAUGUUUCUCUGUCUCCCAAAACCAAUCUAAAACCUUGUUAGGGUUACAAAAUUCCCCACUUUUCCAGGAAUCCCGGUUGGAAGGUUCACAGAAUCUGUUGGGAAUAAGCAGAAAAGACGUAAUCCUCCAACCUUGGAAUUUCGGGAAAGUUGCUGGAGUUUGCAAACCUACACAAUGUGUUUCUGACAUCGGUUAACCAACACAGUAAUCAUGUAUUAUUUUCACUGGGUGUGAUUUUAAAGGGGCAUAUUACCACUUUUUAACCUCAUAGUCAUUAUCUCCAGGACCAAACCAAUGUCUACUAAUGUGAAAAUGGCGUGUUAAAAAAUAAUGGCGUGUCCCUUGAAAACAUGAAUGAUAUGACAUGUCACAUGACAUAGACUAACAGUAACUGAAGCCAGAACAAAUGUCUGAUGUACAUAACCUGAAUAGCUGUUUCUGAGACUCUUUAACCUGUAAUGUUGAUGAUAAUAUUGACAAGUGUUCAUCUGUUUGGGGUUGUUUUCUGAGUGGAUUGUUUGUUGUUGUUGCUAGCUGACUUCUGUGUUUUACUAUAACCUCUGGUUUAAUUUGGUUUAGGUCCCAGUCCAUUGACCGGUGGCAGCGUGGGCGUGUUUGUUGGGGUGGGCAGGUAAAUGUACUGUAACUAGCUAUUAUCAGAGACUAUUUGGGUUUGAAGCUGACAGGUAGUCCAACUUGACCCAGGACAUGUGACUCACUGGUAACAGAGGGGUCAAAGGGAGGAGCCACCACAGGAGUCUCUGAAUAUUCAUGAAGUAAUUAUCCACCUCACCAGUUAUAACCAUGUAAAUAAAAUGUGAACAAUUAAAAUGUUUGAACUACAGUGUAUUAAACACCCCAAUCACCUUUUUCUUAAAGCAAUUUGAUAUAAAAAAUCUGAAUAAGUUGAUGUAAUUUGAUGGUAAAUGAUAGAAAUCAAGUCAUGUAAUAUUAGAUGGAGGAGGAUGCCAUGUGUAGGAGAGGCAUGCUGGGUCAUAUGCAAUAUGAAGGAAGGAGGGGUGAGAGGGAGUUGUGUAAUAAAUAGACAGUCAGGAGUUGGGUCAAGGCAUUUUCAAUUCAGGAAGUGAAUUGAAAUUCAACUGACAAAAAAUGUAAUUGAGAAAAAAAACGUGUCAAUUGAAAACGGACCAUGUUUUCUAUGAGGAUUUUAUGAAUGAGUUGAAUUGAGCCCUUCCCUGAUAGAGAUGAUAACGACGGUGUGUCUAGUACUGAAAUGUACGCUGGCUGUGUGCAGGUUUCUCAGUAACUAACUCUCAUCAGUGUGUUUUGGAGCCAUGACAACCAGUGUGUCCUUUGCACUAUGUAAAUACCAUAAUACUUGUAACAACCACCUGGUAACUAAUGUCAAAACACAAUGGUUGAAUGAAGUAGCUUUUAUUUUCUCAGUGUGUCCCUGGUCUUUCUAUGUCUCUCUUUCUGACUGUACAGCACUAGCAACAUGUAGAGGCUUUUCUCAUAACAUUACUGUUCUCUUCUCCAUCUGGACUGAUUAAUAAUGUCAUUAAAAUGUUCUUUAAGUAAACUA